UUUAGAUCGAAGGCCAUUCCACCAAUACGGCUGGUUACGCAUCUCCUUCAGGCCCUCGCUCUUAUUCCAAAACCCCUUUGAGCGAAAAUGGUGAUGGAACUUUCUCAGUGGUUUGUUCCAGCUUUGUGCGUGUUCGUCUUGAUUUGCCUUUCCACUCUGAUACUCCGACAAGAUGGGAAACGGAGAACCCUUCCACCUGGCCCCCCUACCUUACCUCUCAUCGGCCAUCUUCAUCUCUUGAAGCCGCCCAUUCACCGAACUCUCCAGAAACUGAGCGACAAAUACGGCCCUGUCAUGUUCCUUCGCUUCGGCGCUCUCAAAGUUCUGGUGGUCUCUUCACCCUCCGCCGUCGAAGAAUGCUUCACCAAGAACGACAUCGUCUUCGCCAACCGCCCUUUCACGCUUGCCGGCAAACAUCUCAAUUAUGACUACAAGACAGUCGGAUUUGCCCCUUACGGCGACCAUUGGAGAGGUCUCCGGCGACUGAUGAAUCAGGAGCUUUUCUCCGUGAGCCGACUCGCCAUGCUGAGCGACGUCAGGGUGGAUGAAGUUCUGCUUCUAGUGAAGCAACUGUUCGGGAAAUCAGGGGGAAGUUGGAUGAAAGUGGAGCUCAGACACAGAUUCGUGGACCUUAUUUUCGACGUGACGUUGAGAAUGAUCUCAGGGAAGAGGUAUUAUGGGACCGACGUGGUGUCAAAGGAAGCCAUGGAUUUCAAGAACAUGAUGGACGAAAUAUUCGAACUUUUUAAUCCCGGCGUGGAUGACCUUUUCCCAAUAGUACAGCGGCUUGAUCUCUUUGGGGUGCAAAGAAAGAUGAAGAGAUUGAUGAAGAAGCAGGACAGUUUUCUUCAGAACCUGCUUGACGAGCACAGGAGAAAACGAAGCUCCAGUGCUAGCAAUGGCUCCAACCAGGAGAAAAAAACCAUGACCUUGUUUGAAGUUAUGUUGUCUCUUCAAGAAUCGGAUCCGGUGUUUUACUCCGACACAAACAUCAAAGGAAUUGCAGCGGCAGUGGUAGCAGCAGGGACAGAAACAUCAGCUUCGACCAUGGAAUGGGCACUGUCAAAUCUCCUGAACCAUCCAGAGGCAAUGGAAAAGGUGAAGGCUGAGAUAGACACUUAUGUGGGAAAAGACCGAUUCAUGGAUGAAUCAGACAUGCCAAAGCUGACAUACCUCCAGAACGUAGUCUUAGAAACUCUUCGCUUAUAUCCAGCCGGUGCUCUCGGAGUUCCCCACAUGAACUCAGAGGACUGUACGAUUAGCGGUUACCACGUGCCCAAAGGGACGAUGUUGAUGGUCAACUUGUGGGUGUUGCACAAGGAUCCUAAGCAUUGGAAGGAUGCCACCAAGUUCAUGCCUGAGAGGUUCGAGAAUGGGCAAGGCUCUGAAGGGUAUAACCUGAUCCCGUUUGGUGCUGGAAGGAGGCAGUGCCCUGGGGCUAAUCUCGCAAAGAGAAUCAUGGCCUUGACUAUUGGAUCUCUGGUUCAGGCCUUUGAGUGGAAGAGGAUUGGGGACCACGAGAUCAACAUGAUGGAGGGAGACGGUCUUACCCUUCCCAGACUUGAGCCUCUGAUUGCGCUCAUUAGGCCACGCCAAGAGAUGAUGAACCUUCUCUCUAGUUUGUGAAGUAUGAGGACAUUAUCAUCCUUUGAGAAUAAACAGUACUGGUUUAAUUAUCGUGGCUCCGUCUUUUUUUUUGCUUGCUGAGCAAAACUAUAUUAUUGCAGCCUAUGUAAUAUGUAAUAACGGAAGAAUUUCUUCAUCCCA